AUGAAGACUCAGUGGAAGGACCUCCCCCCGGUCCCGAACUCGCAAGAGUUCCUCGACAUCGUCCUCUCGAGGACGCAGCGCCGGCUGCCCACCCAGAUCCGAUCCGGCUUCAAGAUCUCGAGAAUCCGCGGCUUCUACACCCGCAAGGUCAAGUUCACCCAGGAGACCAUCACCGAGAAGCUCGGCCAGAUCAUCGAGUCGUUUCCGCGCCUCAACGACAUCCACCCCUUCCACAAGGACCUGAUCAACACCCUCUACGACGCCGACCACUUCAAGAUCGCCCUCGGCCAGCUGUCCACCGCCAAGCACCUGAUCGAGACCAUCUCCAGAGACUACGUUCGCCUUCUCAAGUAUGGCCAGUCUCUAUUCCAGUGCAAGCAGCUGAAGCGCGCUGCGCUCGGUCGCAUGGCGACGCUCAUCAAGCGCCUCAAGGACCCCUUGGUGUACCUCGACCAGGUUAGACAGCAUCUUGGCCGUCUUCCCUCGAUCGACCCUAACACCAGAACCCUGCUCGUCACGGGUUUCCCUAAUGUCGGAAAGUCUUCUUUCCUCAAGUCCGUCUCCAGAGCCGACGUCGACGUCCAGCCGUAUGCCUUCACGACAAAGUCGCUCUUUGUCGGCCACUUCGACUACAACUACCUUCGUUUCCAGUGCAUUGAUACUCCUGGUAUUCUCGACCAUCCCCUCGAGGAGAUGAACACCAUUGAAAUGCAGUCCGUUACCGCCAUCGCCCAUCUGCGCUCCGCCAUCAUGUACUUCAUGGAUCUGAGUGAGCAGUGCGGCUACUCGAUCCAGGCCCAGAUCAACCUCUUCCAGAGCAUCAAGCCCCUGUUCCAGAACAAGAUCGUCUUCAUCGUCAUCAACAAGAUCGACGUCGUCAAGCCGGAGGACCUCGACGCCGCGACCCAGGCGCAGCUCCAGGGCCUGCUCAAGUCGGGCGAUGUCGAGAUGCUCCAGCUGUCGUGCAACACCCAGGAGGGCGUCCAGCACGUCAAGAACACCGUCUGCGAGCGUCUCAUCGCCGAGCGCGUCUCCCAGAAGCUCAACGCCGGCACCAACAGUAGCGGCAACAUUGGCGGCCGCCUCGCCGAUGUCAUGGCCCGUAUCCACGUCGCCCAGCCCGGCACCGCGCCUCUGCAGACCUUCAUUCCCGAGGGCGUCAAGAACCUCAAGAAGUACAGCCGCGAGGACCCGGAGCGCCGGCGUCUCGCCAAGGACGUCGAGGCCGACAACGGCGGCGCCGGCGUCUACAGCGUGGACAUGCGUCAGGACUGGCUCCUCAAGAACCCGGAGUGGAAGCACGACAAGAUCCCCGAGGUGUGGAACGGCCAGAACGUCUACGACUUCAUCGACCCGGACAUCGACGCCAAGCUGCAGGCGCUCGAGGAGGAGGAGGAGCGCCUCGAGCAGGAGGGCUUUUACGAGUCGGACGAGGAGCUUGACGACGAGGAGGAGGCCGACGUGCUCUCCAAGGCCGAGCUGAUCCGCGAGAAGCAGGCCCUCAUCCGCAACGAGGCCAAGAUGAAGAAGCACCUCAAGAACCAGGCCAUCAUCCCGCGCAAGUUGCAAAAGGUGCCGCUGUCCCAGAUGGACGACGCCCUCGACCAGCUCGGUGUCGACACCACCGACAUUGUCAGCCGCGCUCGCGCCCAGUCCCGCCCCCGCGGCCGCUCCCUCGGCCGCUCUCGCGCCGGCACCGAGGACGUCGACAUGAUGGACACGGACGCCACCCCCAAGGAGCGCCUCCGCUCCCACAGCCGUGCCCGCAGCCAGAGCCGCGCCCCCAUCGUCAACCGCCGCGAGGACGGUGUCCAGGACGUCGAGGACCGCACCAAGGCCGACCGUCUCGCCAAGCUGUCCCAGAAGAAGAGGAACCGCAUGGCCAGACAGGGUGAGGGUGAUCGCCACACCACUGUUUCUCUGCAAAGACAUUUGGUUGCUGGCAAGCGUGGCUUGGGCAAGAACCAGAGACGUUAA